CAUGGAUUCCUCGCGGAUGGUCUGCUAUAAUGAAUAAAAUCAAAGAAUGGGUUACAAUCACUUGCAAAGCGUUAUUAUCGGCAGUCGUCCUCUUGGGUCUGAUUCCACUUCUCAUUGGAUUACUAUUCGAUGUCGUUAUCAUAAUUCCACUGCGAGUUCCACUCAAUCAAACGCCAAUCUUCUAUCUAUGGCAGGACUGGGCGUUUGGUGUCCUCCACACUAAAGUCAUUUGCGGAAUCGCAAUGAUGGGUGAGUGGAGACUACGGGAAGUGUUGGAAGAGAUAUAUCACGGCGGACUCACACACAUCAACCUGAAGCUCAUUCUUGUGAGACUAGCGAUGCCUGUUGUGGUGACAUUGGGUCUAAUACUGGCGCUGCCAUACAUCGCGGUCAAC